AUGGUGACUAUUCUCGUUGUUAUAAAUGUACAACAAUAUGGUGACUAUUCUCGUUGUUAUAAAUGUGACAAUAUGGUGACUAUUCUCGUUGUUAUAAAUGUACAACAAUAUGGUGACUAUUCUCGAUGUUAUAAAUUUUAUAUUAAGGAAGUACGUAGAGAGAAUGACCACGUUGUAUUGGCUUAUGUUCCUGAAUUGAAUGAAUUGGUACAUGCUUCAACAUGGGAGGCCUCUGUAUACAGAUUUGAGAGAACGAUUUUAGAGUCGUCAUUACAAGAACAAGAGAAACGAAUCAGAGAAGAUUUAGAGACUUUUGCUGCCAAAUUGAAGGAAUAUAGUAUCGGUGGUAAGGUAAGGAGUAUAGUGGCAAAAAAUGCAGGAGAGGGCAUUAUUAAGGCAGUUGAAGAAGAAAAGGCAGAGUUAGUGGUUGUUGGUAGUCGUGGUAAAGGUACUCUGAGAAGAACAUUCAUGGGUAGUGUCAGUGAUUAUGUUGUACAUCACGCUGAUGUCCCAGUUCUGGUGGUCCGACACGAAGAUGAUAAACACCAUCACCAUAAACAUAAAGAAUAAACAUCAACCCCCUUUGAACAAAUUUGAUGACCCACUUUCAAUCUGAAGAUUUGCACUACAACAUUUGCAGUCAUAACGUCUUUGGACGCACAUUUGGGUCUGACUCCAUCAUUGGAAAGCAGAGUCUUCAAAUAAAACAUUCCUUAAUAUUCUAUUUUUUAUAUGCAUCAUUUUAAUAUAUCCAUUUUAAUGACUAACAUUUAUUAUCGUAUAAUAAGAUUUGAUUUGAAUAUCUUGAAAUAUGAAGAUGUGAUAUAGUAGCAUUGUAAUAAUUACCCCCGAUUAUAUUAGAUUUUAUCCCCUAAUUAUAUUGGUUAAAAUUCCUAAUGGCCACAGUUGAGAUAAAUUCAAAUUAAUAUGCGUACUUCAAUUUGUGCGUGUUUAGUGUAUAUGUAAAUGUAAGAAUAUUUGUUUUUAAAUGGAGAUUUUUAUAUAUUUGUAUUUAUGUUAUAGAAUUAAAUAAAUCAGAUUAAAUAACG